CUGUGGUCUGUUGAGCGUCACCUCCACACAGCAAGUGCCUUUACUUGAGCAGAAGAGGAAGAAGGGAGAGGAGGGUAGCUGAACAGGGAGAGAAAGAGAGAGAUAGGGACACAGAGAAAAAAAAAGAAAAAAUCCCACGACUGUGUUUGAACACCCCAGAGGAGCAUCUCUCUGACUUCGCAGAGAGAGAGCUGAGAAGUGCACAGAGACAGACGGGCAGAGGCAGGCGGCGUUGGAGUAUCACAGCGCUGGUGGUGCUGGCAGAGCAUGCUCAGUGGAGACAGGGAAAUCCACUGGUGCUGUUGAUCCUGGUGUCCCUGGCAAAAGCUGCUUGAGCAGGAGAGAGAGAAAACGGCGCAGCAGCCAGGAUCUUGCCAGGGGGGCAGCAUUUUACAGCGACAACGAAGCGUGGAGAUAGCUGAAAUCUGCACACACACACACAGACAGGCAGACACGCACACAAACACACAAUCACACAGCUGAGUGGGGAAGGACAGUCAGUCACACGCAUUUAAAAGAUUCACGACAACCCCUCUUCUUCUUCUCAAAUACACAAACUUACACUGGAAACACACACUAAAUGUCACAUUUUCUUGUCCAUGGAUGGUAGAGGAUGGAGAGGAAAACUUCUGGAGAGGAAUUUUUCUUUUGAGCAGGACUUUAGCAGAUUUUUCCACUGAGAAUAACUUUCUUUUUUGGGGGGAGUUGGAGGUAUAAACACUCUAUCCAAGCACAACACAAAAUAACCUCUAUUUUUAGUUGCAGAAAUUGAGAGUGGUCUUUGGGACCAUUAAGAUGCCUCCUCCUGAUUCAGUCUGAGCAGUAAGUGGAUUAUGACGGAAAUAUUUUGGGAUUUCUCUUUUGCUUGAGAAAAAAAGAGAGAGAGAAAAAAAAGAGAAAAGUAUAUAUCCAUGAGCGGUGGAUUUACGUCUGUCAAAGAAGGAGAGGAUCCUGUGCGUUUUCUCCUCUCUUCUCCUGUGGAUUACAGAUGGGCUUUGUGAUCUCCCAGUGCAGUCUCAUGGAUGAUCGCUCACUGCCAGUCAUUAGGAUAAAGUACAAAGAGGGACACAAGUGGCUUGGGCUCGAGCGGAGAUUGAUUGAAGUGAUCUGUGUGAAUCCUAUUAUUGCAUCCUGGACUGUGGCCAAGGCAGAAGCAAUGGAGGGGAACACCGCUGUCUAGCAGCACUAUCUGAUCUGCCUUCUCACUGGACAAACUGAGCACCCUCUGCACUCCCUCUUCAACAACACUACUCCUCCUCCUCCUCCUCUAGCCCAGGCAAGGAUGGUACCUCCACCUCCCACCAACAAGCCCCACGUGUGCCUUUCCACCAUCCUGAUCAUGAGCAGCAUGGCGCUGAUUGAUGCCUACCUGGUGGAGCAGAACCACGGGCCACGCAAGAUUGGCAUCUGCAUCAUGGUGAUGGUGGGAGACAUCUGUUUCCUAAUCGUCUUGCGUUACGUGGCGGUGUGGGUGGGUGCUGAGGUACGCACAGCAAAGCGAGGCUACGCCAUGAUCCUGUGGUUCCUUUACAUCUUUGUGCUGGAGAUCAAAGUCUACUUUGUGUAUCAAAACUACAAGGCGGACAGGAAGAGCCUGGAUGCUCUUGCAAGAAAAGCAUUGACGCUGCUGUUGUCAAUUUGCAUCCCAGUGCUGUUUGUGGUGCUGGUUGCUAUCGACCAUAUGGAGUACGUUCGCGCCUUCAAGAAGCGUGAGGAAAUCCGUAAUCGUCUCUUUUGGGUGGUGGUGGACUUGCUGGACAUACUGGACAUCCAAGCCAACCUGUGGGAGCCUCAAAAGAAGGGGCUUCCUUUGUGGGCUGAGGGCCUGAUGUUCUUCUACUGCUACAUCCUGCUGCUUGUGCUGCCCUGUGUGUCCUUGAGCGAGAUCAGCAUGCAGGGCAUCAACAUUGUGCCCCACAAGAUGCUCCUGUACCCCAUCCUCAGCUUGGUCACCAUCAACAUCAUCACCCUCUUCAUCCGCGGGGGGAACAUGAUUCUAUACAAGGACGCCAGGGUAUCCGGGAUCCUGAUAGGAAAGAACAUCCUGGCUAUCAUCCUAAAGACCUGCAGCUUCGUGCAGUACAGGAGACAGUUGCAGAACGCUUCUCCUGCCUUCGGGGUGGAGCUGCAGAAAAACUCGGUGGCACACGCUCGCCCUGCCCCCACCCCACCUCAAGUGGUCAUACAGGACCAGACGCCCCUCCCAGAGGUGACGACGUGUGAACACACAUGACAGAAUGGUGAGGUGUAUCCUGGAAAUGUCAAUAUGAAUAUAUAUGACCCUCAGGACGCUGGCAGGGCACAAAGUUCUACACCUUUUAGGGCAUGUGAACGCUCAUGUGAACACACAGGAGAUCAUGAUCUUCUCCACUGAUGCUUAAUGGCACACAGGACACUGCAGACGCUUAGAGAGGCUAGAGCAGUGCUGUAUCCAAAGCUGUCAUGGUGCAAAAUACAGUAUUACUUGUGACUUUGGUAAAGCAUUUCCCACAAUGAAUUCAGUUAACUGUGUAUUUUUUCUAAUUGUACAAAAGAAAAAAAAAGCUAUCACUGCAAGAUUAGAGGAUAUAUUUUUGAAUUGUGUGUGUUGCAUUCUAAUCUUAAAUUUAAGGGUCUGUGUGCUGUGGUGUGUAUUUCUGUUGCUCGAAUGUUUUUAGUAGUCGAGGGCUUUAACGUGUCAAAGUCGAAGAGAGCAACCAAGAAGAGAAUCAAACUAAUGUGAAUGAAAAUAACAGCUUUCUUCUGAAAGAAGUGUGUUUUUAUAUGUGAUUCUUUGAUAAAGUAUUGUGUACAAGAUAAAGGCUUUCCUGCUCUUUGACUGACUGUAAAAGAGUCUUUUAUAAAGUUA